CUUCCUCUGUGUUGCCUUGCAGUUUGCAAAAUAAACUGCAGCGGGGCAGGGCAGGGCAGGGGGGAUAUAUAUAAACCCCUUCGCCUCCAAAGACCACAACAGGUGGCUCCCAGGCUCCACCUGCCUUUCCUUUUGCAGAGGCCACAUGGUGGCGGCCCAGAAAGGAUCAGUCAUUCAAGAAAUGGCAUGCUGAACUGCCAAGGGGACGCAGCGGUCCCCCGGUCACCGGAUCAGCGGCAGCUGGUCCCAGGUGCUAUUUUCACUCCGCAUAAAGUGAUGGGCAGCCGCCGUCCGCGCCAUGGAAUACACUCAGUCCCCACUCACCCCAGGUCCGCCAUGAAGUCCACAGGGAGCGACAAGGGCGGCUUCCCCUCCGACCUGGACGAGCUGGACAGCGGCAGCGAGAGCUCCGACAAGUCCACCGGCAGCCCGUCCGGCGGCGGGAAGGGCAAGCGGCGGGGCCGGCGGCUGGCCAGCGUCAGCAAGCAGCGGCAGGCGGCCAACGCGCGGGAGCGGGACCGGACCCACAGCGUCAACACGGCCUUCACCGCCCUGCGCACCCUCAUUCCCACCGAGCCGGCCGACCGCAAGCUCUCCAAGAUCGAGACGCUGCGCCUGGCCUCCAGCUACAUCUCCCACCUGGCCAACGUCCUGCUGCUGGGAGAGGACGGCCUGGAUGGACAGCCCUGCCUCAAGUACCAAACCAUCCUGCAGGGCAGCACGCACAUCAGCAGCCCCGCGCUCAGGCCCAUCUGCACCUUCUGCCUCAGCAACCAGCGCAAAAUGGUGAGAGACGGAGAGAAGCACUCAUCUGUUUGACAGUAGCACUAAGGAGGCUGGGACGCGUGCCUGGAGACACACUGAUGUUUACAUGUAAAGAUGACUAUUGUUGUAAAGAAGAAUAAGAAGAAAAAAAAAACGAACUUUGUAUAUUUUUGUAAUCUCUAGAAAAAAAAAGAAAAACACUGAAGUGCACUUUCCGUUUACAGCGUGUGCUGCGUUUUAUCCGACGUGUUUUGGAGAAAUGUAACACGAGUCCGUGUGUACAGCUGCACCUGGCAGUGCGGCUAUUUCAGGAUCAGAAAUGCUAAACCUCAGCGCCCCCCGUUCCUAAAGGAAAGUCUUCCCUCCGCAGCCAGCCACAUGGCUGUAACCGAAGCCUGGAUGCACAGCGGUUGCUGUCAGUACAGGGUAGCAUCGAGGCGGCCUCUUCUCCCCGUCCUUUUCCUCUAUGGCCAGCAGGGGCAGCAAUUGCAGCAGCCCACCAAAUGUAAAUAACAACUUUCGGUUCUUGUCCUGGCCCGUCUUUUUACAGUGCGCGAAGGUAGCCUUCUGAAGUGCUCGUCGAAAUGGGGCACCGAGUUAGGAUUUCAAAUCAGACAACUAAAGUGUGGGAUACUUGAAGUGCUGGAAGCUGAAGUAAACGUCAACUGAGAGAACUGAAGGAAUGAAUGAAUGUAGUCUGUACAACAGAUUAAACAUACUGAGCUUUGAUGAGCCUUAACAAUUUAACCAUGUAGCUAGAGAACAGAAGAAACCAUAUCUAUAUAUACACAUGAGGGUAUAUGUACUCACAGGCAAGCUGGAAAGAAAGGGCUAAACUAAAAUGGUUAACAGUUACUUGAAUCAAAGUGAUCAUAAAGACUAUGUCCUGUUUAGAGAUGUAGACUCCAUACCUGUUGUUUUUUUUUUUAAGAAUUUGUCAACUGUGCAGUUGGUCAAAACCCCCUAAUUACAUUGUGUUUACAAACUAGUAACAACUUACCCAUUAAUAGCAGUGUAGGUAGGUUCCAUUGUUCAGUGCAAGAGAUGCUAUAUCUAGAAAUCAUGUGUUUGUAUAUAACCUCCUGCAUCCAAACAGCUACAUCAAGAAAUAUUAUAUUAAGAAAUAUUAUAUUAUAUCAAGAAAUGUGAUUCUACUUUGUAAAUAUAUGGUAAUUGGGGGUAUAUAUCUUUACCAAAAUGUUUACUUGCAUAUAUUGCACAAGUCUUCAGACAACAUUUGUUGCUAAUUCAACAUCUAUGAUUUAUAUUUAUUUCACUCAGUCCAAGAAUAAGUUUAAAAAAUCGUGAAAGUUGAUCAAUGUUAGAAUGAAUCUCAAACUCUUAUGCAACUACAUUUUAAACAUCUUUUGUACUAUUGCACACAACCCAGACUUUGGUCUACAAUGACAAUAUUUACUUUGAUGUAAUGUGGAUAGUUUAUAAGGAGCUGGUGCAAGAAAAGAAUAGUGACAUAUUUGAACAUUUCAAAGAAACCUUUGUUUGCCAAAUUUAAUUUAAAAAUAUGCCCAGUAAUAUGUUCUACUAUCAUCAUAAAUGACAGCUGUGACACUUUCUGAACCUAUUCUUUACUUGUAUCCGGGCAAAACACAAGUUGGGAAAUAUGUCACAAUGAAUUUGCCACCACAAUUUCACCUCAAUUAUAAACCACAGCUGCGUUGUAUCCAUGCACUAUCUACUGAAAUAUAGGCCUACCUCUAAAAGUAUUUGAAUGUGCCAUUUUCGUCAGCAUACUUGAAUUUCUCCUGACUUGUGUCCAUAUAGCAAUA